AUGGUGCAUCUUCUGGACUUGCCCGAUGAGCUUCUCAUCCAAAUCUGCGGUGCUUUCCCACAGACCGACAUCUCAGACAUCAAGAGCUGCCGUCUGAGUUGCCAGCGACUCUGCGCCGCAAGCUCCCAUCUCUUGGUGCCCCUCGUGGCCGUCGACUGCCGCAAAGCCUCGCUCGAACGCUUCACCAAGAUCCUACACCACCCCACCAUCUCCCGCGGCGUUCGCAUUGUUCGUGUUCCCAUACAUUCCUAUCGCCAUGAGCUGAGCGACCUCUGUGCCAGCUUUGUAAAGUUUGUGGUCGAACCAGCCCUCCACGCCCGUGCCGCCCACGACCAUCAUCGCAGAGCCGCCCUUUGUUUCUUCCGCCGAUAUCUGGACGGACACGGCGAUGGUACCCCCCUGGAGCACGACGACAGUCUGUGGCUGCGGGCCCUGCGUCUCGUCCAUGGGGAGUACCAAAGGCUCUAUAGGGAGCAAGAAGCGCUGCGAAGCGAGGGAACCUUUGUCGACACGGUUGCCUCGGCCGUGGCCACCAUGCCCCGCGGAACUGUCUUGAUAUACGAUGACAAGCCGUGCAGCACCCUGGACGCCGCCAGCCUCCAAGUCUUGGUCCGAGAACAUUGUCGCCUGCUAGGCCUUGAUCCAUCUGCCUGGCGCCCCAUCUGGUACGAGAUGUUGUCUCCUACAACCUGGACCGACUUGGUCAGAGACGACUUUGGCUGGGAGGCCUUUGCUCCGGAUCCCGCCUUCCAAGAGCCGCAGAUGGAUUUUAUACUCGAACUUCCAGGCGCCAUUGCAAUGGCUGGAGGCCAGGUCCAUGACAUGCGGUUUGAUCUGUCUUGCGAGACACCUCUGCGUCACCUCGGGUCAGGUGUAGCAACUCGGUCCCAUCUUGCCUCUGCGACGCAACAACUACAGGCCUUUACCCUCAUCUCUCACCAGCCACUAACGGAGACGCUAUCUCACGACUAUGCAAGCUCGGUGCUGGCCAGAACACCCAAUCUCGGUUUUCUUCGUCUCGACAUCGCCUCUCCCGGUUCGCAUCCUGACAUCCUAGUUUCCCGGCUAUGGCCUCGUCUCCAGAACAUACACCUCGCCGGAGUCCAGCUUACGCUGCCGGACUUGGUGGCCUUCCUAGAUGGAUUACCGGCUUAUGUCGAGAACAUGCGUCUGAGCUCGGUUCACCUGAUGCAAGGCUCGUGGGCAGACGCCUUGGAAGCCUUGCGGCAGAAAUCCUACGGCUCCUUUACCGUCGAAGAUCCAAGGGGGUCUGAGGCGGAACACGUGAGUGUCGCCUUCGAAACAGGUGGGAAUGAUCCAGGGGACCGGUUUGUGAAACGUGUGAGGGUGCCAGGUGGUCUCAGUCCAGCAGAGGCAUUCGUCCGCAGGGUGACAGACACCAAUCCGUGCCAGAGCUGA